UGGGGGUGUGCGGGGCUGCGGCCGCGGUGGCGGCGGCGGCGGCGGCAGCGGCGGCGGGUACGGCGAGUUGGGGCCGCCCGGGCUGCGCUUCGCCCGCGCAGCGGCGGCGGCGGCGGCGGCGCCUGGGGCUCAGGAUGCGGCCGGGGGGCGCGCUGCUCGCCCUGCUCGCCAGCCUGCUGCUGCUGCUGCUUCUGCUGCGCCUGCUGUGGUGCCCGAGCUACGCGCCCGCCGGUUCCAGGCUCUCGGUGGAGGAAAGCAGGGAGGCCACACGCGACACCCCCGCAGCACUAAGGACCCUUCGGAGCCCGGCGACGCCGGCCCCGCGCACCACCAACAGCACCUAUCUGAAUGAGAAGUCACUCCAACUGACAGAGAAAUGCAAGAAUAUGCAAUAUGGCAUCGAGUCUCUGUCUAACAAAACCAAAGGGUAUUCAGAACACGACUACCUUCAGAUUAUCACAGAUAUACAGGGCUGUCCGUGGAAGCGACAAGUUGAAGAGUAUACACAUUUCAGAGCAAAACUUGCUUCCUGCUGUGAUGCUGUUCAAAACUUUGUUGUUUCUCAAAAUAAUACUCCAGUUGGGACUAAUAUGAGUUAUGAGGUGGAAAGUAAAAAAGAAAUCCCAAUUAGAGAGAAUAUCUUCCAUAUGUUCCCAGUGGCCCAGCCUUUCGUGGAGUACCCUUAUAAUCAGUGUGCAGUGGUUGGAAAUGGGGGCAUUCUGAAUAAGUCUCUCUGUGGAGCUGAAAUAGACAAAUCUGACUUCGUUUUUAGAUGUAACCUCCCUCCAACCACAGGAGAUGUUAGCAAAGAUGUUGGAAGCAAAACAAAUCUCGUUACUGUGAAUCCCAGUAUCAUAACACUAAAAUAUGGCAACUUAAAGGAAAAGAAAGCAGUAUUUCUGGAGGACAUCGCAACCUAUGGAGACGCAUUUCUUCUUCUGCCAGCAUUUUCUUUCAGGGCCAACACUGGUACCUCCUUUAAAGUGUAUUACACACUGAGAGAGUCUAAGGCAAGACAGAAGGUUCUGUUUUUCCAUCCCAAGUACCUGAAACAUCUGGCCCUUUUCUGGAGAACUAAAGGUGUGACCGCGUACCGCUUGUCCACCGGCUUGAUGAUUGCAAGUGUCGCUGUGGAACUGUGUGAAAACGUGAAGCUGUAUGGAUUUUGGCCCUUCUCUAAGACUGUAGAAGAUACACCUGUCAGCCAUCACUACUAUGACAACACCUUACCUAAACGCGGUUUCCAUCAGAUGCCCAAAGAAUACAGCCAGAUCCUCCAGUUGCAUGUGAAAGGAAUCCUCAAACUGCAAUUUAGCAAGUGUGACAUAGCCUAGAGAAAAUGUCUUCAAAUGGGAAUCAUUUGAAUAUAACGUGGUAGGUAGCAGUGUCUCCAAACACUAAAGGAUUUGGUAAUAGAGUUUUACAGGAAAAGCCCCCAAAUUUGUUUUGACCAAAGUUCCCCAUUAACUUUGCAACUUCGGCAAGUCCUUCAAUCAUCCUGAUCUUCAGUUUCUUUCCCUGUAAAGUGAGGACCAUCGCGUUUGACUCAUACAAUUAAAAUGUGAUUAAAUUAUGAAAACUCUUGGCAGAACAUUUGGUGUGAGGUAGGGACUCAAUGAAAUUUUUUUUUUUUUUGGUUGCUAUUUAUAAUGGCCAUUUCAGCCCUCACCAGACUGCUAGUAAAAGGCAUGUUAUCUUGGAUACCUUUUCUGAAGAGAAUGGCUAACUUGGGGCAAUUGUUGAGUUUCUAUCUCUGGCAUAUUGUUCUUUAUUGCUGCUAUCCUUCCCUUUUUUCUUUAUGUAUCGAAGAAUGCAUACAAGAAAAUUGUGUAUGUAAAUAAGAAAUCCUUGAUCACUCAAGAAUGAAAUUCUUCUUUGUGCACUUGUGAUAUUAGUUGCAAUAAUGUGUUGGUUGGAUUUCAGCCGCUUCUUUUCCUCCUUUAUCUACAAUUUUUUCAUCACUUUUUAUAAUUUUGUAUUAAUGCUGCUCCUCACUCUUAGACCUUUUCCUCUCCC